AUGGACAAAGCCCAUUUCUCAGAAGAUACAACUUCUAAGAAACAGAAAGAUUUGCCUUAUGAUGGGGAUUUCUCCCAAAUUAAGAUAUACAAUGAUUACAAUUUUACCUCAAAAAGUGAUGUCCUUGAUGUUUCAAAUCAAAUUCUUCCAACAGUAGAUGACCUUCAAGAAAAGGCUACGUAUAAAGAGACUUGCAGCCAUGCAGACAUGGCCAUGACUCUGGGCAAAAUGCCUAAAACUCUUAUCAACAAAAGCUAUGAUAAAAAGAAACAAUCCACCACAACUCCUGAUAUUCCAGCUAAUGAAAGAGUCCCUUCAAAGUCAAACAUUUCUCAUAUUUUACUCCAUCAUCUUUCCAAUGAGGAAUUCUUAAAAGGUCAAGACAUUGAUUGUGAAACUCUCCCAGAGAUUUCUAAUGCCGACAGUUCUGAUGAAGUUCUUAUUAAAAAUAUUAUUUUGCACCAUGUUAAGAAUUCUUGGCCAAAAGAACAAACCCCAGAACUCACAGACCAACUGAGCCCCAUAAAGGGUGGUGAACACAGCAAAAUGCCUUGUUGUUCUCUACCUGUGAGAGAAGAAAACGUCUCUGAUUUAGAGGCUGCUGGAGAGAGCAGCCAUCAAGAAACUUCUCAUUUUCUAACUAAAAUCAAGAGUCCACACGAUAAACCAAAAAGUUGCCAAGGGCAGCCACUCCAGAAACUGCAGACUGGCAAAGCAGUUUCAGGCAGUGGGUUCAAACACGGCCCUGGUCUGGUUCAUUACCAGUUAUCUGAUUUCCCUAAGGUUGUUCCCAAAGGGAAAAGCCCUAAAAAUAAAACAAUUAAUAAACCACUUACAACAGAUAAACAAGCCAACUUUUCUCCUCAAUUGAGAGAUAAGUCAGCUAUUGUGCAAGAUAUUUUAGAAAGCAUGUCUAGGUCAAACUGUAUUGAAAGACACGGGCAGAAAAGGAAAACUGCUGCACCUUCACAACAGAUAGAGAUGGAGCCCACAAUACAUAUUCACCAAGAACUUCUCACAGGAAUAGAAUCUGAGAUGAGUCUCUUUAAGAUAUCAUCAAUCACUCAGAAAGACCUUUCCCCAAGCUCUUCUUACAUAUUUCAGAAGAUAACCCAAGGAAAACAGAUGUGCCAGAAGUUAAAAGAACAGACUGAUCAACUGAAGACUAAAGUACAAGAGUUUUCCAAAAGCAUAGUGCAGGACUCUCCCUAUCUUUUGCAAGACAAGAGUCUGGUCCUGGAGAAACUGCAGGGACAUCUUGAACUGCUGGAGCAGGAGUUUCUGGACAACAAGGAGAAGCAUCUGACUUUGAAGCAAGUUCACAGGCAUGAAUCCCCAGCUGUCGGUGACUUUGAUCCAGAAAGAGAAGUGGAAGGUGAAAUCUUCAAGUUGGAGAUGCUACUUGAAGAUGUUAAAGAGAAAAUUAAUAAGGGCAAAUGUACUUCAGCCGUCUCUUUUCCCGUGAGCUCUCCAAUCAUCCCGGAUGACUUGGCAUCCACAUCCUCUCCACCCUCAAAUGAGGAGAACCCCAACACCACCUCGGGAAACCAGGACCGAGACCACGCGCAGAUGACUAGUCCAAGCUGUGCCUUUUGCCACGGAGUUCUUGAAUGGAAAGAAAACACGGAGAAAAAAGGGCACAGGAGGACCAACUGUGGAAGGUGUCCCCCCGCCAUUCAAGAAAAGUCCCUGCUUGCAAACUCGAUUCACAGUUCUGAUGCAGGCCCCAGCUGCUCUUCUCUUUCUGGGACUGGACUGCAAAGUAAUCAGCGCGAGAUCUGUGGCACUAAGAGUCAUAAUUCCAGAAGAGUCUGUGGCAAAAAGCCACUUGAAGAAUUUCAUUACAAAUACAACAUGCCAGGACAGAAUUACUUAAAUCCUAAUGAAAGAAGUGCCUUUGUCAAGCUCUGCUUUUUAAACGAAAAUAAAAACUCUUCACCUUCUCGUUCAAAGCCAGAAUGGAUCUGUUCCCAGACAUUGAAUCCAAAAUUCUCUCAUGAUGAACAUGAGCCCAUACCAGGAAAAAACAAUCUUAAGGUUUUCAUGACCUAUAAUUCAGACCUUGCUACACCCUCACCCCAUUUCCACUCCUGCAGGAUUUGGGGAAGCAAGUCCUUAAGCAACUUUGGCAGUAUUGAAGAAACAGAAUCUGAGAUUUUAAACUUGUCUUUGGAUCAUGCCCUAAGGACAGCAACCAUUUUGAAAGAAACCACUGAUCGAAUGAUUAGAACUAUUGCAGAAGAUCUUGCCAAAGUAAAGAGAUGGAGGAAUCAACUGAAAUACUAGUUCAACCCAAGGCAACCGAGGACUUAAAAAAAAAAAAAAGAAAUGCAAAGAAAACUUGAUCUUCCUCCCCAAAGUAUCUUCUUAUACCAUUUAGGAAGGUGACUUUCUAGAGAAAACAGCAAAACUAUGGGGGCAAAGGGGUAGCGCACAAAGUGCUUAAAAGGAAAAAAACAAUGGACCCUGAUUCUUAAAAUUGAAUCAACAAGUAUUUAUUUUAAAAUAAAUCUAUUAUUCCUAAUUCCUAAUAAAAAAAAAAUCAAAGCAAUAAACUAGGGGAACCUGGCUGACUCCAUGGGAAGAGCAUGCGACUCCUGAUCUCAGGCUCAAGAGUUUGAGCCCCACCUUGGGUAUAGAGAUUAUUUAAAAAAAAAAAAAAGGAUAGAACCAAAAUAUACUUUUGCCUAUUAGUAUGGCAAAAACUAAAGUUUAGAAAAGCCAGUGUCAGCGAGGUUGGGGGUGACAGAUGCUUUUGUACCCUAGGGAUGGAAGUGUAAAUUGGUGUAACCUGGGGGGAAGGCAACUUGGUAUCAAAUCCUACAAAUGUAAAAAAGCACUUACCUUUUGAGCAGCAACCCCACUAUUAGAAGUUACUUCCUAGGGAACUCACAUAAUAGGUCAUGGUAUUACGCAGGGGUAGCCAGUGGAGCACGGAGGGGAAGAGUCCCCAUAUGGAACUCAUCUAAUACCCACUGUGGAGAUUCACAAAUAACAGUCAUGCAGUUAGUGCUCUGUAGCUGCGGAAAAAAAUGAGGCAGAUUAUCUUGCAAGAUAGUGAAAGAAAGCAAGGACGACCAAUAAUACAUGCAGUGUGCCCUCAUUCGUGUAUGUUUUUCAAAGGGCAUACAUAUUUUCUGGGAAAAUACACAAAACUAUUCAGUGGACCUCUAGGAAAUGGAACCUGGGUGUCGUUCAGGGAAGGAAGAAUCUUUACUUUUACUUUCUGUACAGUAUGAAAUUCUUAUGUUUAUAAUGUGAACUAUGUGAAGAUCUCCUGAAGUCAGAUGCAAAAAUGUUAGUCCUAGAUUAAUGUUGGGACAAAAGUGAAGACAAUUCUCUAAAACUAUGGACUAGUGAUUAACUAAGUGUAUAUAGCAUUUUAUGUAGACUGUCAGAACAAGACAUUUUUUUGUUUUAAAAAAAUUUUUUAUGGGGUGCCUGGGUGGC